AUGAAUGCAAUGAUAUGGAACAUUAGGUCAGUGAAUACUAUGGAAGCUUUUCCAAGGCUAACAAAAAUGAACCUUAAGUACCAUUUUGGUUUCAUAGGGAUUUUGGAGCCUUUUCAAGAUCCUGAUAAAAUGGAAGAUUUUAGAAGAAGACUGAAUAUGCAUACUGCUGCUGCAAAUAUAUCUGGCAAGAUCUGGAUCUUUGUGGAUGAGAUGUUUGAGAUGGAAAUAAUUCAUGAUCACAUGCAGCACAUUGCUAUAAAGAUCAAAGCUCAAGGAAUGCAGAAAGCUUUACUCAUCACUGUGGUAUAUGCAAAAUGUACCCAAGUGGAGAGGAGGUUUCUGUGGGAAAGCUUAGAAGACAUUGCAAAAAAUUGUAACAGUCCCUGGAUGAUAGGAGGGGAUUUCAAUGUAAUUACUUCAGAGGAGGAAAAAUAUGGAGGACUUUCUGUCAGUUUACAGGAGAUACAGGACUUUAAGUCUUGUAUUAAUAAUUGUGGGAUGUAUGAUCUAGGAUUUAAAGGGAGCAAAUUUACUUGGUGGAAUGGUCAGAGUGGGAGUGAUUGUAUUUUUAAAAGAUUGGAUAUAUGUUUAGGAAAUCAGUUUUUACAAACUGUUUACCCUAAUAUAGAUAUCCAAUAUCUGGUUAGAUCAGGGUCUGACCAUGCUCCUAUGCUUAUUUCAUAUGCUGGAAAUUCUGAACCUAUUAGAAAACCUUUUAAGUUUCUAAAUUUCUGGGUGAAGCAUCAUACUUUUUUGGAUAUAGUGAGAGAGAACUGGGAUGCAGAUUUCAUGGCUAACCCUUUUUCAUUAUUCCAUUUUAAGUUAAAGAAGGUUAAAGCUGCUUUGGUGAUUUGGAGCAAAAACACUUUUGGGAACAUAUUUCAGCAGAUAGAGUCUCUGGAGGAUAUCAUAAAGGCACAAGAAGUCCAGUUUGAGUUGCACCCAUCUCCUCAGAAUAGGGAGAAUUUACACAAGGUACAUGCUGAACUAAAUAGAUAUUUACACCUUGAGGAGGCUUUCUGGAAACAGAAAGCAGGGAUGCAAUGGUUUGAUGAUGGGGACAGGAAUACCAAGUUCUUUCAUACUUAUGUGCAAGGUAGAAGGAAAAGAUUACAGAUAAGAAGGAUACAGGGGUAG